AUGCAAGACAAAUCAGACUCCUGAAAGGGGUACAGUCGUCUGGAAGGGUUGAGAGCCACUGAUUUAAACAAAGGCCAAAACAAAACUGAUCUCCGUUUUACUGGUGUCAGUCCUGAGUCCAUUGAAAUCAAUAGUUAUUCCAGAUCAGUGGUUCUCAACUUAUUACACAUUAUGGGCCAAUGUGUUACCUGGGCUGUAGGGGCCUGGUGGCGUGGACCCCUGCUGUGUGGGGCCGGCCAACUGCCUGCCCUAACCACCCCUCCAUGUUUGUAAUUGGUUUCUAAAAUAUAAAACCUAAAUGUGGAACCAUCUAGAUCUUUAAGAGCAAUCUCCAUUACCCAUUACAAAAUUAAAUGCUCAGUAACACUGCUGAAGCCGGCUGCCCUCAGCCUGCCUCUCCCCCCCACAUGCACACACAGGCAAGGAUCGAGAGGUUAUUGAUUGUCUUGUUUCACCCACAUAGUAGUUGUUGGGGGCAUUUGAUGCACUGAUGAGGUACACAACAUGUUGUAAGAGAGGCAUAUGUAGGACGCAUAGAUCAUGAAAGGUGUGUUAUGGGGGGUAUUUCUGAGCAGUAGAGAUAUGUCUGCAGGUUUUGCAUCUGUCUCAGGUGCCGGUGCUACUUUGAGUUGGUGUGUCCUGGUCUCACACAGACUCUGGUUUCAUGACUCAUUACAACAAUCUGUAACCUACCAGCCCUCCUUUGUCCUAUAACUUCAGGCUGUUAAUUGCCCACGUCAUUUUAAGGCAACUCCCAUCUUUUCAUGGGCUGUAUAUUUUAUACAUGCUUGCUGUAUUUUUCACUCCAUGCAUCUGAUGAAGUGGGUUAUAUCCCACAAAAGCUUAUGCCCAAAUAAAUUUGUUAGUCUCUAAGGUGCCACAAGGACGACUCGUUUUUUACUUCAUUUUAAGUAGUUUCUUGCAUUAUGUGUUAACCCCUUAUGCUUAACAGCCUGUCCCACCUUAUAUUUAGUUGUGAUACCCUGGCUUCCCUUUCCAGACCUGAAAAAAGGUCUGUGAAGCUUUCCACUAACAGAAACUGGUUCAGUAAAAGAUAUUACCUCACCUACCUUGUCUUGCUCAUAUCCUGGGACCAGCAUGGCUACAACAACAUUGCAAACAUACAUCAAAUAUUGAUUAUUUCAACCAGCCCAGAUAGAUGUUGGAUCAAUAGAAAAAGAACUACUGGGAUGUUAAUCGCCCUUAUUCUGUUUGGUUUUAAUUGUUAAUUAUCAGGAUAAAAAAUUAAAGCAUAAUUUCUCUUUUGGAUCUGAUAUCCUGAGAGCACCAUACAGGAUUAUAACCUCAACUAUGACCUGAUAUAAUAGAGGAAGCAAGACCGGUUUUUUUGACCGUUUGUAGUAGACUACGUUAAUUCUGGAACAACCAAGAGCUUUAUAUGUAGAAAAUGAAAUCUUGAGGCCUUUCCUAGCUAAUCUCAGGAUACAAUCCUGGUCUGAUGGCCCAAAGAAAACAAGGUCUUGUUAGAAGUGAUUCUUCUAGCAUUUGGAGCAGGAUCUGAUACCUUCCCACUUCCACAGAAAGACGAAGCAGAGUGAAUGGAAGAAACAGGGAACAAAAAAAGCUCUAGCUACCAAAUGAAAGAAUGGUAGCAUUGUGGCUCCUUUAAGAUCCAGUUCUCAUAUUUCUAGUGGCAUCUUAUUUCUUGAUCUCAGCUGCAAAAUCAACAACUUUUAGCUUCAAAUAUUUCAGCUGAUUUUUUUGACGUCUCAGUUCAGCAUCUUAAACUGACCCAAUUUCUGAUUAAACAGUGGGACUGGCUUUGCAAGGCGGCUAAUUUACCGUACAUUUCCUUUCCUUUCUGGAUCCUGCUCCUGUGUGGUGCUGGGUACCUUCUACUCUCGUUAGAGUCACUUUCGCUCUUAUUCAAAGCUGCUCAGCACCUUACAGUUUCUAAAACCACUACACUUCCUUUUUAAAUACUAGCCAUGGCCUUUAUGACCUCCUGAGGGGCAAAACUGCAAGAAGCUAAUAAAGUCACAGGGUCCUAUACGAAAGAAUAAACUUGCUAUGUGUAAUCCGGUUGUGUAAUAUGUUGUUUGUGUAUUAUGCUAGCAUUUUUAGAGUUAUUACCUGGCUGUACUUAGCACUCCUGGGGCUGAGUCUCUGUUCUCCUGCUCAUGUCUCCCUGCCUUCUUGGCUUGAUCUGCCCCCUAAUUUCUAAUACUGUCAGCUGGGCUGCAUUAUGACCCAUCCAGCCAUGAAGGCAACUCUUGAAAUCUGGGAGCAUCAUAAUGUGUGUGAUGCACCUAAUGUUCCGCUGAGGGAUUAUUGUGCUCUUGGGAGCAUCAUGUCAUUUACCUUCACAAAUAACUGUUUAUGCCUGGAGAAGUAAAGCAUGUGGCCUGUCAUGUGAUUGAACAGAAGUACUGAUUUAUUUCCAGCCGGCUGUCAUGGCCCUUAUGACAUCACAAGGGCAGCUGUGUGUGAGCAUGCUUAUUUGAUCCUUGUUUUAAAAAAAAAAGAAAAGAAAAAAAGGCCACCCCCUCAACAAAAGGGAUGGGCUGCAGAAAACAAGGAUCAACCAAACAAUGGGGGACAAAUAACAAAACACAAAACAAAAACAACCCCCCCACACCCAACCAGGAACAGGAGUGAGAUCACUGGGUCAAAAUAAAGGAUCCAGCAGGGACACCAGUCAGAGAAUCCCAGAUAGUGUCCACCACUACGGCUUCAAGAGAGAAUCGAGAGGGGCCGUGGAUUCCACUCAGAACGAACUCUGUCCUGGUGUGUGAAUGGCAAAGUGCCGAGAAAUAUACUCCACAGUCACUGACAACACCCCCAUCCAGCCUCCCCGUGUUAGCGAGAAUGAUGUCAGAAAAGCAUUUCUCAUUAUUUCUAGUAAACUGGUUUGAGGCAGAAAUGGGUUGUGAACUCUUCAGCUCAGUGCUGUAAUUUGUCAUUUAUCUCUGCCUCAGUUUCCCUAUCUAUAAAAUAGUGAUACUGAUUCUCACCAGCCUCAGUGGGGGCCUUAUGAGGCUGAAUUAAUUGAAGCUUAUAAAGCGCUUUGAGAUCUUUAGAAGGAAAAUGCUAUUGAAGGGCCAAGCAUUAUUAUCAUUUUAUUAUUCAGAUGUAGUAAGCUGCUGGACCCUUGUCUUGAGUGAUGAAUAAUUGUGGGGAGGAGGGGAGCAGAGAAGACAUCAUUGCCAGGCAUUUAUAUCAAGGAUCUGAUUUGCAUUGGCAGGUCUGGCUGGUGAGAUUUUUAAGGUACCCGUUUCUAUGGCAGGGCUGGCCAAAGUGCAUUAUAGGACUCAGUGCCACAUAAGGCCAUCCUUUUUUUUAUAUAUAUGUGGCGGUGACCAUAGACAGUAAACCCCGACAUGCAAUGCUCCCUCUUGAUUUGAAUGGAAGGCAGUGCAUUCUGGGAUCUGUAGCCUGGGCAGGCUGCACCGUCUGUAUUACAUAUGAAGAUAGCCGCAGUCUCCUUCAUGUUAUGAAAUUCUGCGCAGCCACGGUAGGACAAAAUCUAGGGGUCUUUGUUCUAAUGGAUGUUUGUCUUUAUUUGCUGAAGGUUGGGUGGUACAAUGCUGUUCUUCAGCCGUCCUUUCACCUCCAAUACUCCGAGGACACCCUGGCAUUCAUUGUCCUCAGCACCCCCUCAAUGUUUGACAGAGCCUUUAAACCCUUUGUAGACAAACAGCUGCUGAAAAAAAUCAAUGACCCAGUGGAUCAAUGCGUUUCUUAUCAUCUGUCACUCGUGAAGGAGAGUCUCCCUGACCAGAGGGUGGACAUCAUCUAUGAUUAUGAGAUCCUGCCAAACCGGAAGCCCAAGUUUCUGGCCCAGACAGCUGCCCAUGUGGCUGGAGCAGCAUAUUACUACCAGAGGAAGGAUGUGAGGUGUGAUCCCUGGGGAGAAAAGAAGAUCUAUGGUGUUUGUAUUCAUCCCCGGUACGGAGGCUGGUUUGCUAUCCGAGGUCUCCUCAUAUUCCCAGAUGUUCAGGUGCCAUUCCUGGAGCAGGUUGCCCCUGUUGAUUGUGUGGCCUCGGAGGAGAAGCGAAUAGAACUGCUGGAGAAAUUCAAUUUCCACUGGCGGGACUGGAGCUAUAGGGACAUCAUUGAAGUGAAGGAACGGUACUCGGAGGAGCAGAAAGCCUACUUUGGAGCUCCUCCAGCAGAGAGAUUCAAACUGCUAGAGGUGCAGGGAGUUGUCCAGAGAAGUGCGUACUGCUGAGUAACAUGGUUCUGAGUGUGGGGCAGGGAAUGAACAGAGUGCCCUCAUCCUCCAUAGUGGUUAUGAAGGGGUGGCAGAUCCCACAUGAAUCAGUACUGGGUUUACAAUGGCACCAUGGUGCUGGGCCCCCACUCAAAAGGUGCCCCAGCCUGGCACAGCCCGCUCCACUUUUGCUGCGCCUGGAGCACCUGGUUUCUUUCUCCCUCCUCCCCCCACCGCUCGCUCCUCUCGGCCCACUGAGGGGUCCUCUCUGCCCCCGUCACCAGCAGGCUGCUGCUGGCAGAGCCAGGGGCAGAGAGGAGCCCUCAGCUGCUGCCGCUCCAGCUGGGCCAGUGACCAUCCACUUCGGGCUCCCCAGGAGCGGGACCUGCCUCUCCCUGCCACUCUGCAGAAGCGACCGUCUUGGGAAGUUGGAGGCUGCCUCGCCCCCCCACCCAUGCAAGGAAAUGCCUCCUCAACCACAAGCACCAUCAGUGCCAGGUGGGUAGGGCUGGGUGGGGCCCUGGGGGACAGGGGAUGCUCUGUGCUCCUGAGCUUCAGUGGUCCUGCCCCCUUGCACUGUGCUGGGAGGGGAGGAUCCCUGCUCUGCACUGGCUCAGCAGGGUCU